AUGGUAAUGUUGAAAUUUUCAAAGUACGCCUUACGGCUAUUUUUCGAUAAAUUCGACAUUAGAAGCCUUGCACUGAUUGUCAGCUUCCUUCUGUUACUGAUUUUUCAGGUCAUGGCCUCUACGUCAAAUUCUCCUCCUAGUCCCGCGGAACAGCUCGAUUUAGGAACGCUCUCAGCAUAUGAAGAUGCCCUAGAUGAAAGCGAAUCUGAGCUGAGGAGGUUAUGCGAAGUGGCUGCCGAGCACUUGACGAGGGAACGACCUCGUCCACAAGCCAUAAUUCUUCCUCCACUCUUACGUUCUGCAUCUUCGACAACGAAGAACAAGAGAUCAAGUAGUAGCGAUCACUCAAGCAUAGAAAAAGUUACAGAAGAUAGUUCAGGUCAAUUAGGCAUUCGAAGUCGCAGAUCGGCUAAUACUAGGGUGGAACGAACCAAAAGAAACGGGCAGAAGAGCAGCAGUGAACACUCAGAAUCUCCUGACGACUGGAGGGCUGUGAAUUAUACAUUCCAGGAAAUCACACAUUAUCCGGUGCUAAUCCAGAUAAAUCAACAAAUGCAGAUGCUAAGUCGUCAACUGUACGACAUUGAGUCUACGAACUCACUGCAGUUGAAGAUUAUCGCGCAGUUGCUGAACAAAUUGAUCAAGGCCCGUCAACGGCCGUUCUUCACAUUUACUCGCCUUCUUAAAUUUAUUCCUAUUAUAUUGUUCAUAAUUGUCUGGCCGAUCUUCGCUCGUUCAUUGUACACAUUUAUCGCAAGGAGACGACGAGGCAUGGCGAUGAACAUAUUGCGAUAUCUAUGAUAAAGUGUUGAAUAAAUUAUUGCACU